AUGUCAAUAUUAACAAUUGAUUUUAAUUCGAUUGCAAAUCAAUUUACAAAAUAUUUUAAUAAUAGAAUUUUUUCAAAUCAAGAAGAAACUCAACUAUUCAAUGAUGUAAACACUGAUGUUUGGUGGAUGAGCGGAGAUGAAACUGUUUUCAAGUUUGCAGGAUCCAGAUCAAUCAAAGAGAGAAUUUCAAAUCAAUUUCCAAUAGUAAAAGGCUUUGAUGUUUGGUCAUUUAUGGCCACUGACAUAAUCAUUGAUAAAGAAAAUUAUAAAAUAAUGUUAGAGAUAGAUUGCAAAGGUAUUGGGUAUGGAAAUAAAUCUUAUUCAAAUAACUAUUUAUUUAUUUUAUCAAUUAAUCAAGAGGGAAAAAUAUAUUCAAUCAGAGAAUAUUUAGAUGCAAACUCAGUUCUUCAAUAUAGUUUAAAUAAUUUAUUUAUAACUCAACAAUUUAAUAAUUUAAAUAAUAAUUAA